CUAGUAUUUUUUUUUUGAUUAAUCCAACCGCGAGCCGACAUCUGACUCUGCGGUUGAAAGGGCACGUUUACUAACCACUAGACCAAAGCGUCGGUAAAGUCAUAGAUGAUCACAAAUAAAAGAACGUAAUUGGAACAAGUCCUGGUAUUGGUCUAAAGUGGGCAGCGUGUGAGCCGUGUAAAGCUCCGUGUCGCUUCUCGACGUGUCCAGUCCCGUUCCGAGAUCAAACGCGUACGGUUUCACUACAUACAACUCAUUGUAUCCGUGAAAUUCCUAAAAGGAUUUAAUUACACAUAAACCAAAGAUAAAAUCACAUUAAUACAAAUAAAUAUUAUAAAACAAUAAAUAUUUGUAACAUUCGAUGCGGCGUUUAAUGAUUGAUAUUGACGCGUAUUUAUUUAGAUUUUGUAAUCGAUUUGGACAAUGUAUUCGGAAGGUAGAUUGUCGAGAGUUUUCUUGAUUUUCGCGGGCUUUAUAAUAUUCAGUUUAUGUGGUGAGGUGGUAAGUCAGAGGUAUCCACCGGCGCCAGGACUACUGAAAUACUUGGAGCAAGACGUCUGCUACAGCCUGUACUACUAUCUUAAUUGGACCUCGUUGGCCGAUUGUAAAACAAACUUCGAAGAAACUGGAAUAUCAGAUAUACCUUCGACGGUGAAAGUUAGAUGUCAAUCAAAAAACUCUAUACGUUUUGAAACCGAACCCUCGGAGCACUGGCAACUAUUCAUUUUAAUGGAACAUGAUAACUUCGAUCCAAUACCAUUCACGCUAAUCGAACCAAAUAAUGUAUUCGGAGAACUGAUAACGACCGCAAAUAAAGAAUACCAGAUCUGGUCGACCUAUUUGGACGAGUAUGGGACGCUUCAGGAUUGGAUGGAAGGUCCGAUCGUUUUAAAGUUUGAUCAGCGCAAUCAACAACCGGACGAUAUAAAGUACAACGUGACGCAGGAGUUCCAAUACAUAAUCUUAGGCAACGAUUCCUAUACGAUCAACGGAAAAUUCGUUUGGAACACCACAGGUGAUCGGGACCUAUGCUUUGAUAUCGCGAAUAUUUGCCAAAACACGAACAUGAAGCACGCUAAGAUAUGGCCAACAGCACACCCCAGCUUUGAUGUGGAAAAUCUAGUUUUGAAUGACGAAUGUGAAAUUCACGUGAAGGGUAUUCACGGAACCACGAAACACAAAUACAAAACUCCAUCCUGUUUCGAAUUGCCCGAAUGUUUUUUAAAUAACAUGGAACCGGAGAUUCCACAAGACGUGGCCAUAGCCGCCGAUCAAGAUUUGCGGGGCUGGUGGAACAUCAACGUAGCGUGGGCGAAGCCACAUUUUCAACCGGAGAUUUAUAAUGUGACCGUUCGAGCUAAUAUGAUAAGAUCGAUUAUUUUACCCGGGAACGCGACUGAAACUACAUUUAGAAAUAUACCCAACACGUUCCUUAGCGCCGGCAAAAUCUACAAUGUUUCGGUUUAUGCAAUAAUUGGACAAAAAGCUUCCCACACGAGUAGAAGAGCUUUUACUCCAGGCAUGCUGCGCUGGGUGUGGGCGGGCGCCACGGCAGGCGCGGGGUGCGCGGCGGGGGGGCUGCUCGCGGCCACCCUGCUGUGCUGUGGACACCGCCGCGCUACCAGUCGCGUGUCACAGGAAGACCCCGACGAGAAAACGCCCAAAGAAGACGAUGUCGAAAUCAUCGGCAUCGAAUCGGGCAGCGCAGACGAUCGCUGGGAGGUACGCUCGGACCGGGUGCUACUGCACGAAGUUAUCGGCGAAGGAGCCUUCGGCGUCGUGCGGAGAGGCACUCUCGCGCCGGGAGGCAAGUCGGUCGCUGUUAAAAUGUUAAAAGAAUUUCCAUCGCAGGAAGAAGUAAGGUCUUUUCGGUCUGAGAUGGAGUUGAUGAAGAGUGUAGGUGCUCAUCCCCAUGUUGUCAGUUUAGUUGGAUGUUGUAGUGGACGAAAACCCCUCAUUGUCGCUGAAUAUUGCAGUAGAGGAGAUCUCCUCAGCUAUUUGAGAUGCUCUUGGGACAUUAUCGUGUCGAAACAUACUGCAAAAUACUACAAUAAUAAUAUGGACAGCAUGGACACCUCCAAACUAAAAGUCCAUAAAGAACACACAAAGCUUGUCGUUAACAAACUUUACGAGUUACAAGGUCCGUGUGAGACUGAACUAACGCCUUUAGACUUACUCUCUUUCUGUCGUCAAAUCGCUAUGGGCAUGGAAUUUUUAGCUGCAAACAGAAUUGUACAUCGGGACUUGGCUGCUAGAAAUGUAUUGGUAACUGAAGAUAAGACUUUAAAGAUAGCAGAUUUUGGUCUAUCUAGAGAUAUUUACGAAGAGAAUCAGUAUAAACAGAAAGGAAACGGUAAGAUGCCUGUGAAAUGGAUGGCAUUGGAGUCCUUGACUAGAAGGGUAUACACGACGCAGAGUGAUGUUUGGUCCUUCGGCGUGGUGAUAUGGGAGAUAGUAACAGUGGGAGGCUCGCCAUAUCCAGAGGUGCCCGCAGCGCGCUUAGUGAGAUCGUUAAGAUCCGGUUACAGGAUGCCAAAACCGGUCAACUGUAGUAAACCAUUGUACGAUAUUAUGAGGGCUUGUUGGAACGCGAGUCCUCGUGACAGGCCUACGUUUCCAGAGUUGCACCAGAAGCUCGACGACCUGCUGCAUAGUGCGUGUGCAAACGAAUAUAUAACUCUGGAAGUGGAUGUUGACGAAGCACCUUCAACGCCGAAACCGCAAAGAUACAUCAAAAUGUUGAUCAGGGGCAAAUUACCUUGGAGUCGUGAAAGUUACGAACGUCCUGUGAAUCCAACAAGCAAUCUGUACUCUUCGCCGCCGGUCAUACAAACUAAAACCGCAUGACUUCUGAAACCGUGAACCUGACCAAUUGAGAAUUUGUCGUGUGCAAGACAUAUAAGGACCCAAUUAGUUCAAGUGUUUUUUGGAAUCCUUUUUUUUGUACGGAAUUUAUAAUAACACUUACCAAAUUCGAAAAAAGACUAAUGAAUCCUUGAGAGAAACAAACAGACCAAAAAUAUGCUUGUUUUAGUCGAAUGUAAAGAGCCAUAUUUUGAGCAUUGUGUGUUGGUGUUGUAGUCCUAGGGUACCCCGCUGGUACAUAGGGCCCUCACAAGUUGUCUCCACUUUACCCUGUCUUGCGCUUGCUCCUUGACAUCACUCCAGGUCACGUUGGCAGUCCUCAUCUCACUCUCUACGGUGCGUCGCCAAGUGUGUACAGGGCGACCAGAUCUUCUCCUGCCAAGCGGUUGCCACUCAAACGCGAUUGAUGCUGCGUUGACUCCGCUGCGCCGUAGAGUGUGUCCUAUCCAACGCCAUUUGCGAUGAGCAAUGUCUUGCGCGAUGGGAUUUUGGUCACAUUUAGUCCAAAGGUCUUUAUUAUCUUUUGAGCAUUAGCAUAAACAAAUCAAAAUACAACCGAUAUUUUCAAAAAAACAGCUUUACUCGUUACAAAAAUCUAGUGCAAUUAUAAAACACAUUCAAUUCUAUUUAUUUACGUGUAUUUAUAGGUGACUUGGCCAUUGUACUUUGCAUAUUAUAAUAACUUACGUAUUUACCCACUGAUUAAAUGACUCAUCAGUAUUGUAAUUGACAUGUAAUUAAUAAUUUCUGUUCACUUUUCACAAUUCCAACUUCAUCGCCAACGCCAGAUCAUUGACGUUUUAUUACUCAAUUUUUAGUUGUUUAGAAUAAGAACUUGAAAAGUGACAACAUAAGUGUACUUAUUAAAUUCUUAGAAACAUGCGACAAUUACUAGAGAUUUUGUCCGUAAUCAAUUUGAUAAUUUGACAAUAACUUUAGUACUACAUGAAUGCUUCUAAAGCUAUACCUACGAUAUAAUUAUCUUUGUUUCUGAGAUCGCUUUACCUCGUUUAAGAUGUUUUUUUUAAGAAAUCAAUGGAACGAAAGCACUAUUUUUAAUGAAUUUUUUUUAAACAUAAUUGAAUAGAAAUAUAAAUUUUUGGUACUAUUAGGCUAAGUAUGACGUGUGACGGUUUUUUUGACCGCUUCCGUUAAUUAAGACAAGUAGAAUAAUUCUGACGAGACCUUCUUCUUCCUCAUUACGUAAAAGUUACAAACAUUUACUGACCCGGAUUGCUCUAGCCAGCUCUAAAAAUUAAAACACCAGAAAAUAUUACACCUUCGACUGUCAUCGGAGGACUUGAAUAGGAGAAUUCAGUAUCUAUAGGUUAAGAUGAAAGCAGUAAGUAAUAGUUACCUAAAACCAAACAAUGCGAAAUGAAUGUGAUACUGUUACCUUAAUGUGAUUGACUUAGUACUUUCUUCGAUUUUCGCGAUUCUUAGACAUAAUUAAAAGUACUUUUACGGACGAUUGUAACCACGAAAAUUGUGAAGUAUUCUAAAUAUGUCGGAAAUUAUAUAAUGACAAUAAAAAACGCAAGAUUAAAGUAUAAUACUAGUCUUAACCCUUUGAUUCACAUGUAGGUCACCAGUACCCUACAUGGCGCACUGAAGUAAUUAUGUCGAUUUGUGUUGUGGCGUGCAACCUCUUUGACAGGACAUAAGAGUCGACUAUUAUCAAAGCCGGCAAUGUGACUUUUGGACAAUUAUUGGUAAAUCAGAAAAACGAAUUAUUGACUUUGUAUUUCAUUGGCAGUCACAAAACUCUUCUGAACGACAUCUUAGAUAAAUAGCAGGUUAAGUAUUAACCUUUAUUUAAGGCAGGUUUUGAACCGUAUUCUUUGAAGGAGACGAUUAUAAUCAAAUCAAUCUGUAUUGACAUAUCAAUAACAUUUUUUUGUCCCAAUGCACAGAUUGCCACCUUUGAUAAUAGACGACUCAUAAGACCUACAACGACUAGACACAGAUUAAGACACACACUUGACAAGAUUCAAAAAUAAAGAGAGAAAUCACAGAUAUCUGUGAGAGAAAUAGAACGAGGGCGGACGUGACUAGCGGCAGGCAGUGCUUUUUUUGACUUCCUAAAAGACGGACUCGAACCAGACGACAAGGAACGAAUUACGAAUUGACCGUUCUCAUAUGUAGAUAAAAUAGACGACAAAAGAACUAACCGACCGUUCAAGUGGUCCUUCGACCGUUCAAUUUGUUACUAACCGCUUAGAUUUCUUAACUUUGCCUUCUUUUGUUUUUAAUAUAAUAUGGUUUUGUCGUUUAGAAGUAGAUUCAUUCUCAGUAUCUCCGGAUUCGUUUUUCCUAGAGUCUACUAGAUAUUCCGAUGUCUUAGUAACAGAAAUCAAGAGCAUUACUUCAGUGCGUCACGUCCCCUAAUUUAUGUGUAUUUUCUAUGCACGUCCCUACGGGCAUCAGUGACCCUAAUGGCAGUCAAAGGGUUAAUUGUAUGAUUCGACUCCUAAUCACGUAAAGUAUGUUCAAAUAAGACCAAAACUAUUGUCGUGUAUUUUUUUGUGUCGUGAUAUUGUAAGAUUUAGGCUAAUGGAACGUUACCUCGAUUGUUUUUUACGUAAGAUUACAAAUAAAACUUUAAAAAUA